AUGAAGUUAUUGCAUUAUACCUCGGAAAAACCCGAUGAUCAACUCGUCAACGAUAUUGGAUCACUCAAUAAAUUCAAUGAUGAGCUAUUCAAUCAAUUGCAAGAAAUUGUCUUUGCAUUCUUAACAGAAGCCCAACAGUCUGCACGACUAUUAGCGCGAUUGGAAGAAUUUGCUGAAAUCAAUGGCAUCAAUGUAAAUGCGUUAAAGAAUAUUAUUCGAUCAUUUUUAACAUUUUGUCGCCUUGCUAUGAAAAACAAUAUGAAUGGCAAUCAAGUUUUUGAAGACCUAUCUGAAUUAGGUUUAUCAGAAGUUAAAGCUAAAUUUGUGGCUAAGCAGUGGAAAUCAAAUUUAGUUGCGUUAUUUCGAUCGCAAGUUGAUCAAACACUAAUGGUUAAUCAGCUCGUUGACAUGGAAUGGAGGUUUGGAGUAACAGCGGCUAGUAAUGAUUUGGAAAAAGCUGGUAGUACUUUUCUGCAGCUCAAAUUAGUUAUAAACAAGGGAGAUAGCAAUCAAGAUGUAUAUAUGGAACUGAGUUUACCGCAAUUUUAUUCGUUCUUACAUGAAAUGGAGAAGGCCAAAGCUACGUUGGAUUAUUUUAGUUAG